UUGCAGAUCUUCAGGAGAAACAAAGAGGAACUGUGCUGCAGCUUUGGCCCUCGAAGACGACUUAUUGGGAACAGAACGAGGGUCAACGUUUCGUGGAUUCAUCACGCUUCGUUAUAGCAGCCACCACCUCAAGUUGUCUCCAACAUCGUCCAGAGUCGAGAGGAUCGAACGGUUUGACCCUCCAGCAUCCCCAAUUGUCAUUAAUUGGAAAGAUAACGGAGGAGUCGAGGAUCUGCAAAGAAGGAAGACACAACGACAAGCAGCGGCAGGAUUUGCUACAUCAACCCAUGGUCAAAGGGUAGCAGCAGUCUGAGUCGAGUCGAUAAAUUUGUUCACCGAUAAAAGAAAGACCAUGGGAAACCAACCUACCACCAUUUGCUGUGCCGACACCACAGGAUGUCAACGCGUAGAGCUCGCGUCGACUUCUUCCUAUGAGAAUGGUCAAAACAGUACAAGAGGGAAACCGCGGCUACUGAGACGCGUGAUCGACACCUUUCGUCCUUCUCCAAGAGCACAACCGACGUCAGGCUUCUUCAAGGGCAAAUUUGCUUCAUCGACCAUGGCAAUGGAAACUGUGGCAACUGGACAUGGUACUGCACAUACCAGACCAGCCAGCAACUUCAACCACAAUACUCAUAGCAACAACAAGCCGUACCAGCCACGGCAUGAUAUGCACCGAGGAAACCAGGAUAUCUCAUCAUCACGGCAACCGCCACCCCACAGUCAGGUACGUUCCCUAUCUUCCAUGUCCACACAAUCUGAAAUUGGUGGAGAGAGAUAUGAUAGGGAGGCCAGAUCCGACAUGCUGUCACGGCGGUCUAGUUAUUGUAGCGCCCGGGAAGGAGUCGAAGAAGCGCGAGAGCAAUUGGAGCCAGAAGGCGAUCGCUUAUCGAAGCCACCGAAUGAAUAAGUGUUUUGUAUGUACCCACAGUCAGUGCCGUAUGACCGCAUAUACUACCAAAUGAUACCAACAAUGGCAAAAGGUCCGAGGUGACUCUUGACAUGGAUGGACGAAUGGGCAUACCAGUACCCUAGUAUUGGAAAGGCAUACUACUAUGUACCCACUAAACUACUUUUUGGGUUGUACCGUAGCUGGACUGGACCACCAUCUGUUGGUUGGUAGCAAGAAGCAGUGAAAACCUCACCAUGCAGCAAGGCAGGAUUUCUUUUCCUUUUUAUCCUUUGUUCCAAUGAAACGCACAUCAUCCUGUAAUUAUAACUAUUUCAUACACAUC